AUGUCUCGGAGGUCCAAUACCGUCUCCUUGGUGUUAUUCACGGGUUACGUGCUGGUACAGCUUGAAAACGUAGUCUCAACCCUCGUCGCAAUAUUUCCAGCAAAGUUUCAAGAGAGCUCUUCUUCUUCUGAGGGUAACACCAUUAGCUGCGGGUCAAGUCUAUCGCCAAGUAAAACGUGGUUGGCCGUGUCUGGAAACUUUGUUCUCGCCGCUUACGAUCUCAUUCUGGUCAUCAUGGCGCUUCAUUAUUUCCGUAAAGAUCUACAAGAGGUUCAUUCUCGGUCAAUAACAUGCUUCAUGAAUGUUGUCUUCAGAGACCACAUUAUUUAUUUUAUCCUAACAUUCCUCUCCAUGAUUUUCAGUGCCUUUUCCUUGGCUCUUCAACCUAUUAUGGUGGCUCAGACAAAUGCAGGAAAUACGCUUAUGGUCUGCGCCACCGUUGGGGGCAUGCUUUUCAUUCUUCAGACAUGCAUGGCAGGGCCUCUCAUGAUGCUUAGCAUUCGGCGUCAUGAGGCUCACGCUUUCAGCGUAUUUGCACCCGAGGGGACAGAACUCACAGUCCGCUUUGCGCAUCCAUCAAAUAUUGAGAGUGCGAGAGACAUGCGAUUGUCCAUAUUGGAAAAGGACCGGGAUUCCUACGAAUCUUGA